AUGUCGCAAGAACAGACCACAUCUACAACCGAUCCUUCCUCCUCGCGGCCCGAGGAGACCAACCGAUUCAGGCGGACUCUGGACAAGAUCGAAGACAUCUUUUACCACCCCUUCUCGGCGUCGGCACUUUCUUCUUUGCCUUCGACGUCGAACGAGGGCGGUGCAGGAGGGUCGUCGGGAAAGUCGAAACGAGCGGAUAGGAUCCCGGAUGUCUCAGCGUCGGGGAAGAACAGGCCUCUGAUCCGGGAUUACCAGACUAUCCCCAAUGCGGACAAUAUUCAAGUCCGAAUCCCUAAAAAACUAGCAACUCCGAUCAAGGUCGAACAAAAAGUCUGGCUCGCCAACGAACGUACAUUCAUCUCGUACUUGUCCAUCACGAUCCUCAUGUCCACCCUGAGCUUGGGAUUGUGGAACGCUAGUGCCAAGGGGAGUCUGGGGAGGUGGUUUGGAGGGAUUUACGCGGCCAUCUCGAUCUUGGUACUUGUCUAUGCUUAUGCCAUGUUCCAAAAACGACUGACGAUGAUCGGAACCCGGGAUGCCGGACAGUUCGAUCAACUCGUCGGACCCCUAGUCAUCUGCUUAGCCCUGUUUAUCGCCUUGUUGGUCAACUUUAUCCUGCGGUAUCAAGACCUGAAACACACUGUCGAGGGUAACUUGUGGUAG